AUGGAUCGACGAAAAAAUCAGUUGAAUACCGAAAAAUACACAGAUAUUCAAGAAGGUGAAGAAUAUCGUCGUUUAGCUGAGCAGUAUGCUCACGAACAAAUGGAAUUGUCCAAAUUUCGAAAAAUAACACAAAGUGAUGUUAGAUCUAUGUACGAUAAAACAUUAGAAAACAAACAAAAAGUGAAAGAAAUGGAAAAACAAAUGGACGAUGAAGAAGAUGAAGAAUUAAGAAUUUAUGCUGCAGCUAAAAAGAAAAUUGCUCGAUUAAGACGCGAGAAAGAAAUAGAAGCGCACAAAGAAAAACAAGAAGCACGUGAUCAUAUGAUCGGCUAUUUGGGUUCAUUACAAAAACGGCAAGAGGCUGAUGAUGAUACAAGAAUAGCACGUGCUCAAGCUCAAAGAGAAGCCAAAGAGUUGAAAGAAGAACAAGAAAAACUUGAAAAACAACAGAAAAUGCAAGAUUCAAUUACUAAACAUCGAUACGAAUCAAUGAAACGACAGGAGGCUGAAAAAGAAAUGGAAGAACGUGAAGAAGCUGAAAUGAGACGUAAAAAAGCCGAAGCUGAUCAAUUAUUUCGUUUAUACCAACAAGAAAAAGAAAAACAACGUACCGCAAAUUCAAGCGAAUUAGCCAAAUAUCAUACGAAACAAGCAGUGAGUUCACACUGA